UCUACUUUGCGGCAUUCUGUGAACUACAGUUGCGCAGUCGCAGUUUACUGACCUUCCAUGGUUCUGCAAGCAUGGCUGUCCGGGCACUUACGAGAGGCCUUUUAGGGUUCCGAUACUCACGGGCUGCCACCGUAGCAUCCCCCUGUGGUGGACAUCACUAUGUGACAGCACCGUCUGCGAAGCCACCUCAACCCCAGGCUGGCGAUGUUACAGAAAAAAUAUUAAACCAGCCCCUCGAGAAAGCAGACUUUUUUCGUGUGGCUGAGCUUUUCUCCUUGAAAGACUUAUUCGACGCCAGAGUGCAUCUUGGUCACAAAAAAGGUUGCAGGCACAGGCUCAUGGAGCCGUAUCUCUACGGCUGUCGUUUGGAUCAUGACAUUAUCAAUCUGGACCAGACUAUGGAGCACCUUCAGCUUGCCCUCAACUUCACCGCCCACAUAGCGUAUCGCGGUGGCAUCAUCCUGUUUGUCAGCAGGCGGCGUCAGUUUGGCCAUCUGGUAGAGACCACGGCCAAAGAUUGUGGAGAGUAUGCGCACACGCGGUACUGGCAGGGCGGCCUCCUCACCAACGCCAACAUCCAGUACGGCCCAGGAGUCCGCCUACCGGAUCUCAUCAUAUUCCUUUCAACUCUCAACAACGUCUUUCAGCAGCACGUGGGCAUCAGAGACGCAGCCAAGAUGAACAUUCCCACAGUGGGUGUGGUGGACUCAAACUGCAACCCCAGCCUGGUGACGUACCCCGUGCCCGGGAACGACGACACUCCAGCUGCCGUCGAGCUCUAUUGUCGUUUGUUUAAGAUGACCAUCAACCGUGCCAAAGACAGAAGGAAACAGAUGGAGCUCAUUCAUGGUCUGUCAGCGCCCACCUCGCAGAUCUCAUGAUAUUAAUACUUAAAUUUAAACAAAAAAACAAGAGACGUUGAAAAGCCUACAUUCUUUAAUCUGAAGCUCAUCAACUGUGUAGUGUAUCCUGUUUUAUGUUGAUACACUACAAAUUUGAAAUAAAUUUUGGCUUCCUCCUUCCAUUACACAUCUGCACUUGGAAAACAUCUGGUUUAACAGUCAGUAAAAUAUGGCUCAAAGUUAACAUUAGUGCAAAUUUAUGUGAAUAUCACAGCUGUAAAUCGCUGAAAUAACAAAGUGGUGAUCCAUUGUUGAAAUCCUGGCGUGGGAGAGUGAUGAUCAUUUGCAGUUGCAGACUGAAAGAAAAGUAUCUGAGUCAUUGUCACAACUGUAUUUGCUCUCUUGCAGUCUAUUUAAGUGUUUAGGCCAUGAAAUGUGUUUCUGUAAACAAAAAUACCUCUGCAGAAAGUCAGCCAAAUGAUGCAGAACAUAAGCAACCUAUGAACUACACAUGAACAUUAAUUAAAAGCAGUUUCUGAAAGUGUA